AUGCUCUAUUCAGUACAGGUAAAGAGGGAAAAUCUUGUUUUUUAUUUAUUUUACCGAUAUAGAAUCGUAAGGUGAGAAGAAGAUUUGAUUUACAACGUUUUUGCAACCCUCUACUCUACCCUACCCUACCUUACCCUACCCUACCCUACCCUACCCUACCCUACCCUACCCUACCCUACCCUACCCUACCCUACCCUACCCUACCCUACCCUACACUAAAGAUAUGAGAAUAGUAGAACUAAGGCCGAGCCUGAAUGUUAAGCCCAACCCGAUCAAAAUUUUGCUCAAGCCCGGCCCGACCUUAAUCUAGGUCAGUCCCAGCCCGUUUCUUAUGUCUACCGCUUUGCUACAACUAUUAUAGAUCUGUAAAAGUGCCGAGCCCGGCCUAAUUUAUCAGCUUGCCCCCGCUUUUUUGUUGUUCAGGAUCGGGCCGGCCCGAGAUUAGGAGGCCCUCUUUAAUUUCCAGCCCUAGCUCUACUUUUCUGAUCCUACCCUUGCCAUGCCACACAUAUUUAAUUCAUCUUAUUCUUUCCUUCUCAUAAAAACAGUUUACUGUUACUACUAACACUACUAACAACCCCUCACAAUAUUAACCUUCCUGGAUAUUCAGAUAUUUCAGUCGGUCUUUCUGGAACUCCUCCUCAGCAUGGUUACAUCGAGUCCGGCGAUGAACGAUUGGGACCCGCAGAUGGGUAUGAGGGGCACGCCAACUUCAACGACCGAUGUUUAUGACUCAUCAAUGUGUUCGGAUCAGAAUGCAAAUGAGAAGUCACAGGAUCUGGCGCUGUUACUCAUGAAAAAUUAUUCUAGGUGGGUUAAUAAAAAGUGCUUUUUAUUUUUAAGACUGUAAGGGAAAAACAACAAAAUUUUUUUUGUGUGAAUCGGUCAUCCCUUACCCCAUAGACCGAGCUUUGUUUAUUGGAUACCUUGAACCAAAUUAAAAGCUGAGCAAGGCUUGUAAAGUAGGCCCUGCUCGGUCCGUUUCCCAUAUGUGCUGGUUAGUACCCGUCUAGGGCGCGUAAUUUUGACUUAGACUGAAAAGGUAGGUCCUAUCAAUACAUAACUGUGAAAAAUAUUUUUAAAAAAUUUAAGUUUGACGUCAAUUUUAAUUAAAUUAUUCAGAAAAACGUAAACUUAUUGUUCUCUAAAUUUGCGUCAAAGUUUAUAAUAAUCGUAAUUGACUUCAAGAAUAGCACGCUGUACAGGCCGUUCUUUUCGCUCUGCAGGGGGUUUUUAGACUUUAAUUCAAAAGAAGAGGAAGUUUUAAUUUAAAAAACUAAAAAAAAGAUUUUUGAAUAGGACCUACUACAAAAAAUGAAAAUAUGUGUAGUUGUGUUAUGUUUUAAAAUUUUUUCAUUUUCAGGUAGAGAAUAAUAUAAUAGGUCAUUUUAAGACAGGGAGGCGUAAUAUAGAGAAAAAAUAUUUUUAUAUUGAGUUUAGAACUAACAGUAGGUUGUUUAAAUAAUUUUGUGCCCCCUCUCAUAACAAAGCUUUUUUAAGGUUAGGAGGCACAUAAUUAUUUGAACGUAAUCGCGUUAUUGGUAGGGUAUUACUGAAUAAAGGUAAUAUAGGGUAGGGUAGGGUAUUACUGAAUAAAGGUAAUAUAGGGUAGGGUAGGGUAGGGUAGGGUAGGGUAGGGUAGGGUAGGGUAGGAUAGGGUAGGGUAGGGUAGGGUAGGGUAGGGUAGGGUAGGGUAGGGUAGGGUAGGGUAGGGUAGGGUAGGGUAGGGUAGGGUAGGGUAGGGUAGGGUAGGGUAGGGGUAGGGUAGGGUAGGGUAGGGUAGGGUAGGGUAGGGUAGGGUAGGGUAGGGUAGGGUAGGGUAGGGUAGGGUAGGGUAGGGUAGGGUAGGGUAGGGUAGGUAUAACUAUCAAAAAAGUUUUAAUAUUAUAAUUUGAACUAUUAGAUUGUUCAAAUAAUUCUCUGUCUUUUUUCAUAACAAAGGUUUUUUAGGGUUAAGGGGCACAAAAUUAUUGGAAGGACCUUAUAACUUGGCAAAUUUUAACAAAAAAAAUUUUCAGGAACGCCCUGCCCGACCGAACGCCAGUGAACGUGAUCGUGGAGAUCACAAUUCAAGACAUUUCAGACAUUUCCGCUAUUACGGGUACAUUUGUAAUAGACUUUUGGAUAUCGGCGAUAUGGCAGGACUCUCGGCUUCAGUUCAGUCAUUUGGAUCCGUGUCGACGGAACUUGUCAUUGGAUCAUGACAUGGAGCCAAAGCUAUGGAGUCCCAAUGUUUGUAUUGUCAACUCGAAGGCGACCAAGGUUCAUGACUCGCCGAAGCCUAACAUAUUGUUGAUGGUACGGUUCUGGGAGAAGGGGUUUGCAAUUUUUAGUUUUAAAAACAGUACCAUUUUAUUUACAAUAGUACCACUUUGAAAUUGUUGCAAAAACAGUACUAGUUUGCAAGGUAUAAUCUCAAGAACAGUACUAUGGGUCGAAAAAUAAUAUCAUUUUUUAAAACUGUACCACUUCGUAAUUUUAUCAAUAGUAGUACUAGUUUGCAAUGCAUAGUUUCAAAAACAGUACCAUUUUUUAAAUAUAGUACUACUUUAUAAUUUUAUAAAAAAUAGUACUAGCUUUCAAUUUAUGGUUCCAAAAACGGUACUAUUUUUUAAAACAGUACUGUUAUUACAAGGCAGUACCACUUUUAAAUUUUAUCAAAAAUAGUACUGGUUUCACAAUGAAUAAAUAGUUUCAAAGACGAUACUAGUAAAGACCUUAAUCAAUAAUCAGUACUACUUUGCAGAUUUUUCCGAAUGGUACCACCUGGCUGAACUACAGAAUUCGCUCCGAAGCUCCAUGUGCGAUGGAGUUGAGGAACUUCCCCUUGGAUAGUAUAAAAUGCGAGUUGGUAUUUGAAUCUUACAGUUAUAAUGCAGCAGAAGUCACAUUGGAUUGGUUGGGGUGGUCGCCGGUUACUACGGUAAAAGACGAGUUUAACCUGCCGGACUUUAAGUUGACUAACAUCACUCACCACAAGAGCACUGAGGUUAGUUUUUGGUAAUUUUAAAGGGAGUUUUAGGGUAUAAUUAUUUUUUUUGAGUAUGUGAUAUACUAAUUUAUAUUGUAGUAGCAGGUAUAAUUUUUAAAAAGUUUAAAAAAAUAUGUUAAAACAAAAAAUGAACUAUAGUAACAGUUAUUUGUUAUAGAUGUACACAGCUGGUAUUUGGCAUCGAUUGUUCGUCAACAUCUACUUUGAUCGACUGUUUGGGUUUUACAUUCUUCAAGUAAGUAAAGGUAGACGAGUUAUAAUCAAAGUUUUUAAAUUUGAAGUUGUAAUUUCUGGCUAAGUGUUGCAUUUUGACCUUAGGAUUAAACCAGGGUUGGGUUCGGGGUAGAUCUUAUCUGAAUUAUGAGGGCAGGGUAAACUCAAAAAAAAUAUUUGUUUUUUUUCGCUUCACUUUACUUUAAUUUAACUUGCGCUACCCUACCAUGCCCUACUCUACUCUAUUCAGCCUUACCUGAUUGUACCCUGCCCUAGGAAGUUGUAUUUUAAUUUUUCAAUUUCAAAAUGAGGGUAUGAAUUACAAAAUUUUAGAUGUACCUACCAACAUAUAUCAGUGUCUUCAUUUCUUGGAUAGCUUUUUGGAUGGAUACACGAGCAUUACCGGCUAGAAUAACAUUAUCAGUGUCUAGUUUAAUGGCAUUAACUUUUCAAUUUGGUAACAUUGUACGAUCACUACCUAAAGCCAGCUAUGUCAAGGCUAUUGAUUUGUGGGUGAGUUCUUUACUGUGAUACCCAACCUUAUUACACCUUAACCUUUUCUACCGUACCUUACUCUACCAGUACCCUACUUUGGUUUUUCUUAGAAUUAUUAAAGUUUUUUUUAUUUUAAUUUUUUAAAAUUUUUAAUUGUUUACAAAAACAAUAAAAAUUAAAUUUUAGAUGUUUGGAUGUGUUGGCUUUAUCUUUUUAUCACUGGUUGAGCUUGCUAUAGUUGCAUAUAAUGACAAAAUGGAAGAUCAAAGAGCAAGAACAAGAAGAUUAUCAAGUUUGGCACCGAUGUUAGCAAGGAAUUCUGGCUCAGGCGCAGCUGAUAUGUUGAGGUUACGAGAGUUACGGCGGUAAGAAAGUGUCAAAAUUUAUGUAAAUGUAUAGCAGUUUAUAUAUACUUAAUUGAUUUUAUAAUUUUUAAAAAAUCAAUAAUUUCAUUGGCAUAUUAUCACUUUUUCCAAUAAUUUUGUGGCAUUUCGUCAAACUUACAAAUUAAUUAUAAAGGGUUUUAGUAUUGUAAAAUACGGGUCGGUUAUCCUUGUUUUCCAACAUUUUUACCUUAUUUUAGUGGCGGCCUACUCGACUACGACCCACCAGAAUACAGUACCCAACGAAAGCAUCGUACUUCCGACCUGAGCUACCGUGACGACGUUGAUGUGCCAUUUGUGGACACUCCAGAAUAUCGACCGGAUUAUGUUAACAACAACAACACUGGCAAUGGUCAAUCUCAUUUGGCUAUGCCGAAUACACCUUUAAUUCAAACGCCCGAAGGAACACAGGUCCCUUCGCCGAUAAAUCCACAUUUACCACCCCCGCCAAGACAUUUUUCAAUGUCAAACAAGUGGAGGAGAGUGACGAGAAGGUCAGAGUUGGGUGGAGUUAUCGACCGGUUCAGCAGCAUCGCUUUUCCUACGGUAAGAUAAGGUUUUAUUUUGAGUUUUGUAAAGAAUGUUCUUUCGGUUUUUUGAUUUGUAAAGAAAGUUUUUGCUAUUUCUUGCUUUGCAAAGAAAGUUUUUGCCAUUUUUUUCUUUGUAAAGAAAGUUCUUGCUAUUUUUGUUUUGUAAAGAAAGUUCUUUCUAUUUUUUGACUUGUAAAGAAAGUUCUUGCUAUUUUUGUUUUGUAAAGAAAGUUCUUUCUAUUUUUUGACUUGUAAAGAAAGUUCUUUCUAUUUUUUGACUUGUAAAGAAAGUUCUUGCUAUUUUUUGUUUUGUAAAGAAAGUUCUUACCAUUUUUUUUGUAAAGAAAGUUCUUGUCAUUUUUUGGCUAUAUUAACCCCAGUAUUACUCUGUGUAUAAUGCUAUAUUGUUUUAGGCAUUUGCCCUGUUCAACGCCGUUUACUGGACCUAUUACUUGUCAUCGUAUUCGACGUCUGGUAAAAUGGCAGUAACAUAA